AUGACCCAUACCAAGAAGACGAUUCCUGUUGCACGUGCUCUGGACGGAGCCGCUGGGCCCCCAAAGCUGGACCGACACGAUGACCAGGCCGACGAGCCAGAGGACGAAGAGCAUAAACGCCCCGAUCAUGACAAUGGCAGGCAGCAGCCGCCGCGUCGCAAUGAGCCAGAAGAUGAAGCCCAUGAAGAGGAUGGCCACGGCCCCGACGGUUAUGAACUGCGUCUGGAUCUGGAUAAAGGACGAGAACACGCCGACAAUGCUGGACGCGGCCAGCAGCAUGACGAAGAUCCAGAAAUUGAGCUGCAGCGGCGGCCAGUUACGACGGAGCUGCCGCUCAGCGUCGACCCGAGGCCUCUCUUCAUCGCGGCCGCUUGGCGAGAUCUGGUCUUUGGGCUUUGUGUGUGCGCGCGCGCGCGCGUGUGUAGUCGCGGCGGCUGGGAGAGGAGAGCUGGGCGUCCUGCCGGAGAGUCGCUCGCCCAACGAGGCCACCCGGGCGGUUUGGGCCACGUCCGGACAAGAGCUUCUUCCUAG